AUGCAAUGGGAAUGGUCCGAUAACGACGAGUGGCUGUAUGGGCGAAGGUGGCAACCUAUCCGGAGCGGCUGGGGUUGCUUCUCGAGAACUCACUGGGUACCAAUGAACGAAUACUACCGAGCUCGAAAUAGUCGAAGAAUCCGAAUCACCUUCCAAAUGCUGGCAAUAGCCCCUGUUGUUUGGGAACCUCAGAUCCACUAUGUUCUCUUGAACCCAUUGAAUCACUUGCACUUCGGUGGAGGUUGGCACCUCCCACCGUUUGUAUUUCCACACACUGGCGGCGACGGUGACGGGGACGACUGGAGACUUGCAAGACACCGUGAACACAUUGCUCGACUUGAUGGCGAGAUCAGCGAAAUUGCCAACCGGCCUCAAGGUUACUUGGACGAGUUGGCGCGAGGCUGGCAAGUGGGUGGAGCUGCUCUUGAUGACAAUCCUGAUCGAAUGAGAUUAGGGCAGCUUUGGAGAGAGGUUGAUGAGCUCCGACACGAGAGAGACAGGCUUCAGAGACAUGAUAUAGACCAGUGGCGACAGAUAGGUCAAGACCGAGACUGCCGUCGGCAACAUGAACAGCUUCAGAAAUUUGGUAUCGAGUUUAUGCGGCACGAACCACGGACUGCUCAGAGAACCAUGAUAAAGUUGAUACCGACAAUAACCGCUCUAUCCAUGGAACAGGCGGAUAUGUCCGAUGAUUAUGUCUUUUCUUGGUACCCACCAUAG